AUGAAUACAACUGUUUACGAAGGAGAUUUUCGCGCGAAUGGAACAGUGAACGGCAGCGGUGUUGCCCCGAACGCUACUUUAUCGCCCACAGAUGACCAACCGUACUCAUUUCUUCUCCGCCUUCUUACAACAUUGUUCUUCUCGCUAAUCAUCACUACUGGUCUUCUUGGGAACAGUUUUGUGAUGGCGACUCUGACCCGUUGGCGAGAGAUGCAGACACCAUGUAAUCUCCUGAUCGCCAAUAUCUGCCUUGCUGACAUUGCAGUUUGCGUUUUAGCAGCACCAUUGAGGAUCAUCGAAAUUUUUCGUGGGUGGAUCUUUGGUGACGUGAUGUGUUAUGUUUUGACUCCUCUCCAAGAUGUCUUCGUGGUGAUCUCCGUCAUCACGCAUACCGUGAUCGCGUUGGAAAGACAUCGAGCCAUCGUCUCUCCGUUCAAGCCAAAGAUGACCCUAAAGCGAGUAAAGACUACAGUGUUGGUGAUUUGGUUUGCUAGUUAUGUGACAGCCGGUGUACCGAUGGUAAUCUUUCUUAAGAAUCAACUGGCUGGAGACGGUAAUUACUACUGUUUCCCAGUUUUCAAUGAGGACAGUUAUCGAAUCGCAUACGAGAUGUACCUCGUGGUUUUGUUCAUUACCUCUCCUCUGCUGCUGCAGUGCGCGCUUUACUUUGAUAUCAUCCGUGUUCUCAAAGCCAAGGAUGAAAUUCACGUGAGAUGCAAAUCCUUUAAGUCAAACAGCUCACAAAGGAAAUUCCUCAAUGACCGUAUCCAACAGAAAAAGCGUCUAGUGAGAAUGUUAAUAGUGCUCAUGGUGGUUUUUCAAAUAUGUUAUCUUCCCCGCGGGGUGAUAAUGUUGAUGAGUGAGUUCAUACCCGAUAUAAUUACCAGAACAGAAUUUAUCUAUGUAGAACUCAUAACUUUGGCGAUGUUUUACCUCAAGCACGUCAUAAACCCGUUGAUACUCUGGGCUAUGAGCAAUGAUUUUAGGGCCGGCUGUUGGAACAUUUGUUCCUCUGGUGACGAACAGCUAUCUUUUAGAGGAAGUCACCGUAGUUCCUCAAGCUAUCGGGUAAAAACCAAAAGGAGACUGCAGUCUUUAGAAAAGUGA